GUACGCGAGGUUGUUUGGCGUCGUGUGCACGUGAUAUCGAAGCUUGAGUUCCUACUUGGCUUCAUAGCAACCAGCCCUUCUCGCGUUCAUCGAGUUAUCAACAACAACCAUCACCACCCACCAUCACCCACGUAUUCCAUUGGACCAAUGUCGUCAAACGGCCACAGCAGCAGCGAUUUCCGACCGCCCACUCCCGCCACCGACGCGCAACAAGCGCAUCCGGCUUUCUCACCUCGUGCACGUGCAAACAGUCCACACAAGACAGCGAGCACGCGACCCGAUAACUACCAUGACGACGAUGCUAACGACGUCAAGCAGGAAGAAAAGAUUGUGAUGGCCGACGACGUUCGUGUGCGAGCGACGAUGGAGAGCAGAGUGGAGAGCUUUUCGGUGUCCGAGACUGCCUUCAGACUUCAGGAUCACGUCAACAUUCAUCACUUGCAGCAGCUGAUGGAAACAUUCCAUCUUGCUGGGACGGGUUUGUCCGGCUAUGACAUCACGACCAAAACCGGGACAGCCACAGAUGCAGCUAUGAGACAAGGUCAAUUGACGAUGGUUGAAUUUCGAGAGGCAUUGGUGGAAAUUCUAGGACCAGCUGUCGACACUGAACAAAUGGAGUUGCUGUUUAUGAAGGUCGACAUGACUUGCGAUGGACUCGUCAACUGGGACGAAUUCUGCACAUAUUUACUACUUCAGUUGCAAGAGAUGGACUGCUCAGAAAACAAGAAAACUUUGCCGUUUGGCGAAGAACCAUCCAGAAUAAUAACAAAUCUUUUCAGCAAGGAAGUGACUGUUAGAAUAAUGUGCUGCAGCAAUCCGAAUCGUCUUGUUAGUGUAACAAAGGAUGGUGUGAUUGCUACUUGGUCACCCGACUUUAAGUUGCAACGAAGUUUCUGUAUGGAAUCCCAUUCGGACUCGGUAGUCUUCAGGAUGUUGGGGACACGACGUCGUAACGUGCUGUGGGUGACAGACUGCAUUGCUAUGAAUAAUUGCAGCAAGCUGGCAGUGUCUACGACAAGUCGAGAUAUCUGGUUCUAUGAUAUGGCGUGUGCUCAGUACACUUGCCAAUACAGGCUAUUUGAUCUCCCUAAUGUUCCACUGUGUUUGGACUACUGGUACGAUGAAAAGAAUCCUUCGGGGACAUCACUUUUAAUGUAUGGAGAUGACAGCGGAAACAUCACACUUUUAUACUUUCAAAAGCCACAGCAGCAUCUAUUUGAUCCCAUACAGAAAUCUUGGAUACAGAUAUAUAUGCAGGAUCUAGGUCAGCAUUCACGGUAUGUGCAGUACACGGUCAUUCCCGGUGUUCACACUGACUGGGUUCGACAGUUACGAUACAUGCCGGAAAGCAACAGCAUCCUCUCGUGUUCGGGCAGUCCCAUCAAUUCCAUGUCGAUCAGAGACAUCGAGAGAAAGAAAAAACUCUACGUAUUCAAACUGAGAAAGGGAAUCUCGUGUUUCGACUAUAGUCGAAAUUGGAAUAUAAUUGCGACUGGCAGUGUGGAUCAUGUCGUUCGGUUGUGGAAUCCUGUUAGUAACUUUAGGCCGGUGGCUUUGUUAAAGGGUCACCUGUUGGCUGUAUUGGGUGUUCUCAUUCAUGAAGAGUUGGGGCAGAUUAUUAGUUAUUCGCAGGACGUGACUCUAAAGACGUGGGAUAUGAGAGAAUACGUUUGCAUUCAGUCGGUGAGCUGGAAGUAUCCAACGACCAGAACACCUGACCACGGAUCUUUUGUCCUCUUCUUGUCGCCGCUUGCAUCGAAUAUGCUCUUACUGAGCUGCAACAACUUUGUGACAGAAUUCAGACUUCAGGGUGUAGGCAAAUACAGCACAAGAUUUGCCACUACGCACAGCAGUCCCAUCUGCUCGGUCGUCUACAACUCGUCGCUGAAGCAGGUCGCAACUGGUUGUGAAGAGUGUGUUGUGACCGUGUGGGACAUAAACACCGGACAGCGUGUGCUCCAGCUUUCAAACGUUCACGACACCGAUCUCACCACGAUGGCACUAGACAGCAAAAACCGUCGUCUCUUCACCGGAUCUCGAAGUGGCCACAUCAAGAUUUGGAAUUUUUCUAACGGCCAAUGCUUGAAAAAUCUGGUGCCCAACAAUCCCGGUGACAUCACCGGCAUUAUCGACUUCCCGGAUAAGAAACAGAUAUUGGCUGUCGGAUGGAGUCGAAUACUAACCGGAUACACAGACAUCCACGACACAUACGUUACAAAUACCUUUCACAGUGGUCCAGAUGAUUCGUGGCUGGGUGGGCAUGUGCACAAGGAGGACAUACUCACUGCCGAUUACUGCCCGCCGUAUUACUUGGCAACGGGCAGUUUUGAUGGUGAAAUCCUCAUCUGGGGAACUGACUCGGAGAAGCUGCUCAAACGGUUGAGAAUGGCUCCAAUGGACUUGCCAUCUUCACACAGUGAUCGUGGGGUUGGAUCAAAACUGUUUGACAAAUCGACUCACUCUGGUGUGGUCAGUCAGCAGAGUUUGGUACGAUCGAGAAGAAUGAGUCGGACAUCGCAGAAACAAUUGUCUGCACCAACCAGAGGCGCUCAUGGAUUCAUGCCUGUGUUCAAGCUACUGUUUCUGACCGAACGGGCUAGAGCACGUGGCCUCGAAAGUGCCAUUCUUGUGUCCGUCGACGGCCCUGACGUUCACUUUUGGCAUCUCUUUCAUGCACACCUGCUAUCCAACAUGUCGAGUGGCACUCUACGUGCAGCACAAUACGACGACGAGAUCGUUCAUGCACUCGCAACAGACGACGACAACAAGUUUCUAAUCACAGGAGACAGUUUGGGAUUCGUCUCCGUUUGGGACAUCGAACACUACCUCAUCGACAACAGUCCAGCCAGUUUCAGGAAUCCAUCGAACAUUCGAAGUUGGAGAGCACAUGCGGGUGUCGUGACCGACCUGAAAUAUGCAUCUCACGAUUUCUGUCCGUUGUUGAUCAGCAUGUCUGAUGACUGCACAGCACGGCUCUGGAAUAUGAAUGGUCACUUUGUAGGGACGUUUGGGCAGGAAACUGCUUGGAAUGUAAGAGAACCGUCGACUUAUCAGCACCCAAUGAAUCCAUGGGGGGAGAGAAGAAGCAUGUCAGAGGGAAUACCAUCACGGCCAGGAUCAUCUAGACCGGUCACCGCAAAGACCAGUGAAGGUGAAAGAAUCCUCCGUUCGGCGGUGUCUAUAGCAGCAAGGAAAGCCAUUCGAUCAAGCAAGUCUCGCACAGGAAAGGAUCCACACGUCGAGAGCAAACCCAACAUCUCUACUAAAGCUCAAGUGCAAGCGCAGAACACGGAUGCCGAUUCAAACAGAUCACCGGCUGUCCCGUCCAUCACAAACGGUGGAGACAACAAAGAGGCGUACACUCCUGCCGCCACUACUCUUGGCGAGACGUAUCUGAGGCAGUACAACAGACGAAUGAGAGACAGACAGGAGAGACGAAACGGUAUGGGCGAAGUAGACAUAACGCAGGCCCUCAGGUUCGGAACCCUGUGCUCUCCCUUUCAAACGCUGUACACGCCGCUUGUUGAAGACGUCGAGAUACCGAAGAGUCUUCCUACUGUACCCAAGUUCGUGACGGAUCGGUCACAACCCGCUGCCUACUAAUUAUAGAUUUUUACUGAUUGACAAUCCGCGAAUAGUUUUAUACGAAUUGACCAAAUAGUCUUCAUUUUAUAUUCAAUUAUGACGUCGAGGUGUGUAUAAAAUCAAGGAGAAUGUAGUGGAUAUUGACCUCGUUGACUGCUACACUAUCAGUGCUCAUUAAUGGUUAAUAUUAAUGAUUUUAAUCGAG